AUGAAUAUGAAUGAAGUGUUUUCAUAUGGUAAUCCUUUCACUUGGCGUAAUAGAAGAUUCAAAAAUCCUUUAGAAUUAAUUUUUGAAAAGCUGGAUAAGGGUUUUAUGAAUGAUAAAUGGGUUACGGCUCUUCCUCAAACAAGGUUCACCAACUUAGGUAGAGUCUACUCUGAUCAUAGUCCUAUCUUGGUUAAGUGUUUUUAUUGGGAACGAAAUGUAAACAUUCCUUAUAAGUUCUUCAAGUGUUGGCAGCUUAACCCUGAAUUCAAAGAUGUUCUUCAUAAUUCUUGGUCUAAAAGUGUGAAAGGUUUCCCUGAUUUUAUAGUGGUUAGUAAACUCAGAAAUGUGAAGGAUGAGUUGAUCAAGUGGAACAUUAAUUCUUUUGGUCACAUUAAAACUACGAUAGGAAGACUAAAUGCUGAAUUAGAAAAUCUUCAAGCUUUACCUUACUCCCCUCAGAUUGGUGGUUAUAUCUUGAAUUACUCUAAACAACUGGAUUACUAG